AUGAGCGGAGACUACGAGAGCGGUGACUACUUUAUGCGCAGUCGGAAGCUUCGGGACAAGCCGCCGCUUUGGGAUUCCUUCCAGGACCCGCCGUCAAAGAAAACGAGCGGCUCCGAUGCCGACUGGAAAAAACUCCAGUUCUUCCUUAAGCUCUUCAAACUCUGCGUUUACCUCCUGGUAUUUUCAGUGGUUCUUGCCACGAGCGUGUUUGCCAACCUGCUCUAUCUAUACAUGGCCGGAAACACGGGUGGCAGCGGGACACGGGUGCAAGUGUGCAGCAAAUACCUUCUCCGGCACGGCCUGGUGGAGGCCUUGCCCAGCGAGCUGGAUCAAAUCGCGUGGGUCUGGGGCCUGAUCUUCGCCUUCGCAGCCCCUGAGUUGCUCACCUUCCUGCGCUCCCUCCGGAUUUGCAUGUUCAAGCGCGAGCAGCGACCCAGCGGUCUGGAAGUGGGUUUGGUCACGCUCUUUGAACUGCUGCACGUCGUUGGCCUGUCCCUGCUCACCUUCACCGUACUGCCGGCCCUGGAUGUGACGCGUGGUGCGAUUCUGGGCUGCUGCGUCUGCUUUGUGCCCGCCCUGCUCAAUUUGUUGACGGGAACCCGGGUGCACUGGAGGUCGGCGGAUAGCCUGGUGCUCGGCCUCUCCAUUCUGGCCCUAGUGGCUCAAGGCAGUGUCUUCCUGGUAUGGCCUUCGUUGAGCGAUAGUCUGGAGGUCCAGUUACUGGCCAUCCCGCUGCUCCUCGUCUCGUUCCGCUGGUGGGAAAACUUUGCCAACACCCACGAGGCCAUCGCAUACAUCAUUCGCACCAUCCGCUGCACUCGCUCCCGCUACCACACAUACCUUUACCUGGCGCCGCUGAAGGUGGCGGUUUUCGCGGGGAUGGCCUUCCUCCUGCACGGCCAGGAAUUUGUUCAGUACUUUACCAGGUUCCUGGAUGCCUGGCGGCCGCACCUCAUCACGCUGGUGCAAACUGGCAGCGAACUGGAUGCCCUGCUUUCAGCACAGGCGAACUCAUCAAUCAAGACCUCGCCGCUCAGGAUACAAUUCACCAUGCAGUCCAGUCCGAAUGCGGUGGUCUACGCGUUGGUGGCCCAGGUGAUUGCUGCGUACCUGUGCCACAUUUUCGGUAAGUUCGCCUGUAAAAUCAAGAUCCAGGUGUUCAGCUACGCGCUGCCCCUGACCCUGGCAGGGCCAACCACAGUCUGCCUUGCAACCUUCCUGGCCCAAUUGCGUGCCUCGGAUCCGUGCUCUCUGCACGGCCUCGUGCCGGAGUACCUGUCGCUCCGGGCGCUGGGCGGGAGUGUGGAGGAGAUGGGCCAACGAUGCCUCGACUUGGCCCUGUGGCUAUGGCCUUUGUGGUGGCUUGCCCAGGUGUGGACCUGCCUGCACAUCUGGCAGCCACACAACGACAAGAACGCUCCCACCGAGAAACUAUUCGUGUGCCCUUGGUACUGCGGUCUCCUGGUGGACCAGUGCUCGAUGAUGAACCGGCGGAUCGUGGACUGGAGCGAGGAGUACUUGGCCAUUAAGAGCGACCUUACCACGCCGAGGGAUCCUGUGGUGGCCCUGGCAGCCGACAUCAAUGCUAGCCGGGACAUCCUGGAGGAGGACAAGGUGCCGCAGCUGAUUGUAUGCGCCACCAUGUGGCAUGAGACCGAGGACGAGAUGAUGGAGUUCCUCAAGUCAAUUGUCCGCUUGGAUGAGGAUCAAUGCGCCCGCCGCAUGGCGAAGACGCACCUAAACGGCGGCAAGGCGGACGACGAGUACUAUGAAUUGGAAACCAACAUCUUUUUCGACGAUGCCUUCGUUUCGGACCCACGGCAGUGCCAAAGCAAGCGCAACCCACCCAUCAACGAGUAUGUGAAGACCCUCACCCGAACCAUCGAUAAGGCAGCCUUCGAGGUGUACGGCGUUAAUAUCCGGAUAAAGCCUCCUCUGAAAAUCGAGACCCCCUACGGAGGUCGAUUGGUGUGGAUACUGCCAGGACGCACUAAGAUGGUGGCUCACCUCAAGAACAAGGAUAAGAUCAGGCACAAAAAGCGCUGGUCACAGGUCAUGUACAUGUACUAUCUACUCGGCUACCGGAUUAUGGAGACGGAGCAGCUUUCACCGAGGCGGAAAGCGGUCAUUGCGGAGAACACCUUUAUUUUGGCCCUGGACGGGGACAUCGACUUCCAGCCGCGGGCCGUUCAGCUGCUGAUCGAUCGCAUGAAGGCCGUGGAUGAGCUGGGUGCUGCCUGUGGCCGGAUUCAUCCAGUGGGUAGGGGUCCAAUGGUGUGGUAUCAGCGAUUCGAGUACGCCAUCGGACAUUGGCUGCAAAAGGCUACGGAGCACGUAAUCGGAUGCGUGCUGUGCAGUCCUGGAUGCUUCAGUCUGUUUCGGGCCAGCGCUUUGAUGGAGAACAGCGUGAUGAAGCGGUACACGAUGGUCAGCUCAGAGGCCAUGAAGAUGGUGCAGUAUGAUCAGGGCGAAGAUCGAUGGCUUUGUACGCUGCUCCUGAAGGCGGGAUCCCGGGUGGAGUACUGCGCCGCCUCUGAUGCCUACACCCAUGCGCCGGAGAGCUUCAAUGAGUUCUACAAUCAACGGCGUCGCUGGGUGCCCUCUACUAUAGCCAAUAUCUUCGAUAUCCUGGCCGAUGCGGACACGGUGGUUAAGAGGAAUAACUCCAUAUCUACGAUGUAUGUGUGGUACCAGGGCAUGCUGAUGAUUGGAACCGUCCUGGGACCAGGUACCAUAUUCCUUAUGAUGGUGGGCGCUUUGGUGGCCGUAUUUUCGAUCGACAUCUGGACAGCUUUCCUUUGGAACUUCUUUCCGAUUAUCUUCUUCAUUCUGUCGUGUGUCUACCUUAAGCAGAAGUUCCAACUUCUGAUAGCUUUUGUCAUCAGUUCUCUUUACUGUCUGGUCAUGAUGGCAGUCCUUAUCGGUAUCAUUGUGCAGAUGAUAGAGGAUGGACCCUUGGCUCCUGCAUCACUUUUCUUCCUCCUCGUUGCUGUCCAGAUCACAAUUGCAGGAUUCAUGCAUCCGCAGGAGUUCUGGGCCUUGCUGUGCGGAGUCAUCUACUACAUCACCAUUCCCUCGAUGUACAUGCUGCUCAUGAUCUUUUCGGUCUUCAAUAUGAACGAUGUCUCCUGGGGCACUCGAGAAGCGCCAGUACUAAAGGAUGACGACAAGGAUUCACCCAAUGAUGCGGAUAACUAUUUACCAGGUUGGCUGAAUGAUCCGCUUCUGAUCAACUCGGAGCUGGGCGAGGUUUCGCUUAUGGAGCAGCGAUUCUGGAAGGAUGUAAUCAAACAGUAUCUGAAACCACUAGAACUGAGUCGUGAGCAGAAGCAGUCGAUGGCCGAUGGACUCAAGGAGCUGCGAAACAUGAUCGCCUUUGCUUUCGUCAUGGUUAAUGCGAUCUUCGUGUUAAUUGUGUUCCUCCUGCAGCUGAAGAAGGAGUUCCUGCACCUAAAAUGGCCCAUCGAUCCCACGGACUUUGUGUCCUUCGACAGGGACAACCUAAUGGUCGGCAUUUAUAGGCAGUACAAGGAACUGGAUCCCAUUGGCCUGUGCUUUGUGAUCUUUUUUGGUUUGAUUCUUAUCAUCCAGUUUUUGGCGAUGUUUUUCCACCGUUUCGCCACCAUGUGUCAGCUGCUGGCCACCACCCGCGUGGACUGGUUCCGCUCAGGAGGUCAGUUUACAGACGAGGAUGCCGCCACCGAGCUGAAGGGCAGUGCUGUCAAUAUAGCUAGAAAGCUGCAACGACCCAAGAGGCUUUUCGAUGAGGACGAUGAGGGUGACCACCAUUACGACGAGGUGCUGAUGGAGGGCGUAGAUGGGGAGCACAGGGAAAGCAUGGUGCGCCGGCAAACGAUCUUCCGGCUGCACGAGACCCGUAACAAGCAGCACAGCGACUACAGCAACUUGGUGUUCAACUUCGAGCGCCGCUUCUUCGGAGACGAUGAGCUGAACCUAAAGAAUCUGGCCCUCAACCGCAAGUCAGUAAAGCUCCUUCAGGAAAGACGCUCUGCAGCGAAGGUCAAUGCAGCGGGCACGCCCGGGGGAACGCCCACUCCGAAGACUGGCAAGCGACCGCCCUUGGUGCCGGGGCCCAAGAAAGUUAGCUUCUCGGCUUCUAAUCCUAACAGUAUUGCGAUUUACGACAACGGCGGCUACGAACACACCGAGUUCUAGAAGGCAUCGGAGGAGUGCUCCAAGUAUUAAACAGAAUCUUAUUAUGUACUAAUAUCCUCAUCUGGGGGUGUAUUCGGUGUGUAAGGAUAGAAAAAGGGCCCUGCAUGAACAUUCUUAAAGAAGACAAAUCUGCGAAGUCUUAAGAUCAAGAUCGUAUAUUGAAUUUAAUUUAACUUCUUAAACAGCCUUUAAUUAUAUAACAUUUAGAUUUCUUCAAGUACUAAAAUAAUAAUAACUGAGGCCUUUAAAAAAAUAUUCUAAUAUAUUCGUGCACGGCUCUUCUUCGCAUACACUUUACGUAUAAAAUUCGUAUGUAAACUAAUCAACAAAGUUGAUUAGUAUAGUCGUCCAAAGUUUUUGAAUACACCCCUGUAUAUCUGCAUAUUCUUAUGCGAUUAUAUUUAAUCGAAUCCCCAAGGGCUUUGGUGGCAUAAGAAAUAUAAUUAAUUGCAUUUAA